AUGAGUGACGGAGCACUGACCAUGAGUUCCCGCAGCAUCGCCAUCGGACUGUUCUUGUCUUUGAUGGAUACCACCAUUAUUUCGACCAUGCUAUACACCAUUUCUGACGAAUUCGAUGGAUUCAAAUCUUGCUCGUGGAUUGUCCUGGCGUACACCCUGUCCUAUGUUGGAUGCGCCGUAUUCAUGGCAAGAUUAUCUGAUGUCAUUGGCCGGAAAUUCCUCCUGUGCAUGUGCUUCCUGAUCUUCCUCGGCGCGUCGAUGGGAUGUGCCGCGUCGAAGAAUAUGAGCCAGCUCAUCGGCUUCCGUGCGAUGCAGGGAAUCGGCGGAUCGGGGCUGUACGCGAUGGCCAUGAUUAUUUAUCCCGAGAUCAGCCCCCCUCCUUUACUCCCCGCAAUAUCUGGCAUCAUCGGCGUGGUUGUCGCUCUUGCUGGGAUUAGCGGACCGUUGAUUGGGGGUGCCCUUACGAGUUAUCGCACCUGGCGCUGGGGAUUCUGGAUAAACGGCCCAUGUGCGUUUGUUCCUCUGGUAACCCUGUUACUCGUGUGGCCCAACGAUUUCCAUUUCGCGAAGAAUGUUCGUUUCCGACACCUUGACUAUCUCGGCGCACUUCUCAUACUUGUCGGAUCUGUCCUGUUCGUCUUCAUCUUGAAUGAAGCAGCCAUCAGAGCCUAUGCAUGGAACAGCGCCCCGGUGAUUAUCGUCCUCAUCAUCUCCGUACUGUCAUGGGGAGCGCUCCAGAUUCGGCCUCAAUUGCCGUUCCGGCUACUGUCAAGCCGUGUCAUGGUCGCCGGCUUUGUGAGCACCAUCCUGACUGGAUUUGUCAUGCUUCUGGCCAUCGUCAACAUCCCCCUGCGCGCACAGAUUGUCAAUGUGAAGGACGCGGUCGCAUCUGGGAUUUUGCUCCUCCCGUUAAUGGUAGGCACAGCCAUCGGCUCUGCGAUCGGCGGGGCCGCGUCUGCGAAGCGAAACAAUGCCUUCUGGACGCUGAACCUGGCGAGCAUUUUCAUGUUGAUUGGGAGUGCCUCGCUCUCGACUCUGACGGACUCGGUAGAUCCUGCACCGAAGCAGUGGGGACUCGAAGCAAUUCUGGGGUUUGGAAUCGGGUUGAGUCUCUCUACAAUCACGUUUCUUACGACGAUGCAGGUUGAAUUUCAGGAUCAUGCUGUCGCCCAAGGCAUCGUCGCCCAACUGCGCAUUUUCGGCGGAAGCAUCGGCAUCGCCUCGGGCUUCAUCGUCUUCAACACAGACGUCCAGCACACGCUCGCCGGGGUUCUCACACCCGAGCAACUGGAUGCAUUCUACCGGACCCCCGCCGCGAUCUACCGGCUCCCCGUGCAGCAGCAGCUUCUCGUUCGCCAGGUCUAUGUUAGCACGUUCAAUACCGACAUGCGCAUCUGUGCGGGUAUCGCGGCGGCGUGCCUCGUUGCGACGCUGUGCACGUAUCAGCGAAAGCCGCAGUCGAUCAGGCAGCGGCUUGCGGAUUUAGAGGAGGCGUAUGCAAGGACUGAGGCAGCUAGGGGCGAGGGGGCUGCGUGA